CAAAGUGAGGCCGGGACAUGGCCAUCGCUGCGGCUUCUCCCAUGAGAAACCCCGAGCAAUGGUCGAUGUGGAGACGGAGCGUGUUCAAGUUCCCUCCGACGGAUCUCAGUUCAUACCCGCCGCCGAACUAUAUCAACCCUCAGGAGCGAGGGAUUGAACUUUACAUCGUCAACUCAACAGCGUUCACGAUCACACUCGUAUGCGCCUCGGUGCGACUGUACACGCGAAUAUGGGUUCGCAAGUACUUCGGCCUGGACGACAUGUUCCUGGCGCUUGCGCUUGUUGGCGCCGUCGGAGUCACCACCUGUAUCGUGCUGGGCAGUCACCUGUACUACUGGAACCGGCAUUCAUGGGACAUUCCCCUGGACUCGGUCGAGGUGUCUGGGAAGGUUCUUUUCGCCAUUAAGAUUCUCUGGUACUUCACCUCGAACUGCGUACGAGCUUCCAUCUUGAGUCUCUACUAUCGCCUUGUGAACCACCUUGGGCUGGACAAGUAUCGCUGGGUUCUCCACGCAAACAGUGCCUUUCUCCUCGGCCUGUUCCUCGCACAGGAGGCCACCUCUGUUUUUGGCUGCUGGCCAGUAAAGGCAUUGUGGGCAUUCCCUCCAAUUCCUGAGGCGAAGUGCAGCAAUCUCGGUGCCACCGCUAUGAUUGUGGGAAUUCUGAACUCAUUUUCAGAGGCUGUGUUGGCCGUGCUGCCGCUCCCUGUCAUCUUCUCCUUGAACAUGAGCCGUAGACAGCGUCAAGCAGUCGCGGGAAUUCUAUGCGGAGGCUUCCUCGUUGUUGCUGUCGGUUGCGUGAGGUUGUAUUAUCUCUGGCUAAUGGUUACGAGCGGGGACCCUACGUGGUGGUCACAACCUCAUUGGAUAUGCUCUGAGUUUGAGAUGGACGUGGCGAUCAUAUGUGCCUGUACUCCGGCUAUUCUCUCGCUGGUCAAACAUAAUCGAGCUUCCCGAGCCUCUGAGGCCAGCAAAGUCAAGCCGAGCCAUCCCACAAGUGAGACUAGCAUUCAAAGCAGUAGUUUGCGGUCAAUCUUCGUCCAGACAAAAGCCCAAGCCUUGGACAGUCAGCUCCCGGCAGAUGCGGACCAGGCCAUGUCGAUCAAGUCAGGGCCAAGCGCGAAAAGGAAUGUCGACAUCGAAGGGAUCAAGACGUCUGGAUUUGGGUAUACCGUGACUAUAACCACAAGUCAUGGUACCAGGGUUCGAAGGCGAUGGGAUGUGCAGAACAGGCAAUGGCAUUAUUUUCCAGAAGAACCAGUCUUGGAUCCUGAAGACUCAUUCCAAGUAUCAAAGUCGGGGACUCGAACACGAUUAUCGAAGGGUUCCGUCAGGCGAAAGCUUCCGUCGUCCAGUCUGCAGGCAAUCAAUGCGACGAGAGCUCCGCUGCAAGUGGCGGCAGAAAGGGGAUCCGAAGCGAGAGAAAGCUUUCAGCUGGGCAGAUUUAGCGAGGAGAGAAGCCGCAGAAGUUCACCUAAGAGCAGGAUGUCGUCGAAGCACGGCAGCAUCGACGUGAUCCCACCGAUGCCAGACAUCCCAGCUUCGCACAGAAGCAAGACGGCCAUCGAGGACAUUCGGCUAGGUAUUCUGCCUUCCCCCAGCUCCGUGGCGUUCGAGGAGACGGACCGGCCGCAAACGUCGCACCGGGCGAGCACCUCGAAGUCGUCGACGUCUAUCCUGCUGCCAACACCCACGGACACUUUGCGCCCGUCCCUGUCUGCUGCUCAGCCUCUGGAUUCAUUUCAGCGUUGGACGUCUGCGUCUCGGUCCCAAGUCGGCCGAGGCCUAGACGGGGGCGGCCUUUUGUCGCUGCGGAAGUCUCUUGACGAUCAGAGCAGCGACGACGAGUUCAGCCUUCCGCUGCAGCAACCGAGCCCCAGAGCGUCGGGUACAUAGCGUUUGGACACUUUCGGGGGGCGCCUGGGAUUGCGGUUCUGCUGGAAUCGCGAAACGACGAUGAACGACGAACACGAGGACAUGUUGGAAUCUUGCUCUCCGCUGACACAAGGGUUGGCUCAAGAGAUACCCCUUACAUGAUGCACGUAAUGUGGCACUUUCUUCAAUGUUCAUAGACUAGGGAUGAGCAAAUUAGC